CACAUAAACUCAAGCUUCAUGGCACCAACCAUCCCAUGCAGCCAUCUUAUAGUCACAGUAGUCUCUUUACUAACCAUCAUCUCCAUCACAACAUCUCUUCCCACCACUCAAAGUGAUGAUCCCUUGCUUAAAAUCCUUCACACAUCCUUAACCCAGCUCAACACAACCAUCAGCACUGCCACACACUUACACCGCCGCAUUAACGAGCAAAAACAGCAGGCAGAGCUCGAGGAUUGCUUGCAACUCCUCGACCUCUCUCGUGACCGUGUGCUCAGCUCGGUCCGAGCUAUUACUAAAAGCGCGCACACAGAUGCGCGCACAUGGCUCAGUGCUGUCAUGACUAAUUAUGACACUUGCCUUGAUGGUCUAAAUGGUUACGUGAAACUCUCCAUGGAAUCUCGACUCAAGUCCUUGAUGAAAUCCACAAGCGUGUCAUUGGCCUUGCUGGCGAGCAGUGAUGACGACGACGAUGUUAUCACUCAGGUGGUCGAGUUCCCGUCCUGGAUAUCUAAGCGUGAUCGAAAGCUACUCGAAGCUCGCACGCCCAAGGAUGUGAAAGCGAAUGUUGUUGUGGCGAAGGAUGGGAGUGGGAAGUUCAAGACGGUGCAAGAGGCUGUGAAUUCUGUCCCUGAUAACGGCAAGACAAGGUAUGUUAUUUAUGUGAAGAAAGGUGUUUAUAAAGAGACUGUAAGGCUUGAGAAGAAGAAGAAGAACGUCAUGAUCGUUGGUGAUGGUAUGGACGCCACUGUCAUCACCGGUAGUCUCAAUUUCGUCGACGGAACCACCACCUUUAACAGUGCCACGUUAGCUGCGGUUGGUGAUGGACUGAUUUUGCAGGACCUAAAGAUAGAGAACACUGCCGGAGCGAAAAAGCACCAGGCGGUGGCGCUCCGGGUCGGAGCCGACCGAUCAGUGAUCAACAGGUGCAACAUCGAGGGCUAUCAAGACACGCUUUACACGCACUCACUGCGUCAAUUCUACCGUGACAGCACUAUAUCCGGCACAGUCGACUUUAUCUUCGGCAACGCUGCCGUUGUUUUCCAGAACUGCAAACUCGUGGCACGGCGUCCCCUGGACAACCAGCAAAACCUUGUGACAGCUCAAGGGAGGAUAGACCCCAACCAGAACACUGGUACUUCUAUACAGAACUGCCAAAUAGUGCCCAGUAAUGACUUAAAGCUCGCAAAAGGGGCUAUAAAAUCGUAUCUUGGUCGGCCAUGGAAGGAAUAUUCUAGGACUGUGUUCAUGCAGUCAUAUAGAUUCACAUAUUGAUCCUAAAGGGUGGUUGG